GAGACCAGCGGCGGGCUGGCGCGAGCAACGGCUGUUUACCGAGCGCGGCUCCUCUGAGGUAAACAGACGUUAACUCACCGUUGGUCGCUUAUCGGCGACAUGGGCGACCUGGGUGGAGUCAGGAGGGCCCCUCUCCCACAAACCAGCAGCCCCGGGACUCCCAGUCAUGCCUCAGGGGACUCGGAGUCACGCCAGUGCCUGAUGCUCCGUGAGAAAACCGAGGCGUCACAGGUGAUGGCGGAGACGCGUGAAGGAUGCUUGGAAAUGGUCGCGCUUCCCCCGCCUCCCCAGGUAAUAGAGGAAGGGGGCGCCCCCCAGGACCCGGCGACCUGUGGACUUACCCUUCGCGGUUACGUAGCUGCGGAAGCGGGGCACGAAGAGCCUGCUUCUCCCGCGGAGGUGUUGGGAGCAGACUCGGGGUCCAUGGCAGCGGACAGCGGCCUGGAAAACGUCGGUCAGGAUCGAGAGCCGCGCGGCCCAAGAGUGGAGAAAGCCCUUGGAAUGUGUGGCGCAGAGAGGUCGGAAACUGAGGUGAUGGCGGGGGCGAAUGCGGAGAAAGUGAAGCCUGAAAAGUGCACCAUCUUUUCAGCGGAGGAGGUGGUGGCGGAGAAGGAGGUCGUGGAAAAGGAAGUUGUGGAGGAGAAAGAGGUCGUGGAAGAGGAAGUGGAAGAGAUGGAGAUGGGAGAGAGGUCAGGAGAAAUGGAGGCGGUGGAGGAAAACCGAGAGGUGGAGGAGUGGAUGGCGGCAGGGCCCCGCCCCCUGCGAAUCGACCUGCGCAUGAAUCCCCUGGAGGCCAUCCAGCUGGAACUGGACACAGUGAACGCUCAGGCCGACCGAGCCUUUCAACAGCUGGAGCAGAAGUUUGGGAGGAUGCGCCGCCACUACCUGGAGCGGAGGAACUACAUCAUUCAGAACAUCCCGGGUUUCUGGGUCACUGCCUUUCGGAACCAUCCCCAGCUGGCUCCCAUGAUUCGCGGCCAAGACGCAGAGAUGUUGAGAUAUAUAACCAACCUGGAGGUGAAGGAGCUCAGACAUCCUAGAACUGGCUGCAAGUUCAAGUUCUUCUUCCGAAGAAACCCCUACUUCAGAAACAAGCUGAUUGUAAAGGAGUAUGAGGUCAGAGCCUCCGGUCGGGUGGUCUCUCUCUCCACUCCGAUCAUAUGGCGCCGCGGCCAUGAGCCCCAGUCGUACAUUCGCAGGAACCAAGAUCUGGUCUGCAGUUUCUUUACCUGGUUUUCAGACCACAGCCUUCCAGAGUCGGACAAGAUUGCCGAGAUUAUCAAAGAGGAUCUGUGGCCAAAUCCACUGCAGUACUACCUGUUGCGUGAAGGAGUCAGAAGAAUCAGGCGUCGCCCUAUCAGGGAACCAGUGGAGAUUCCCAGGCCCUUUGGGUUCCAGUCUGGUUAAACUUUGGCCUUGUAAAUAUUGCACAGGGGCCCUUCCCACUUCUUGCUCGAAGUCUAGGGCAACAGAAAUGGGUAUGCUUGCUUUUUUCCCCUGACAUAACUGCAGCCUUUUUCGUCUAGACCUUGUUUUCAACUUCAGGUUUGGGACUUCCGUGGCGUCCUCCACUUCCACAUGCCUUCAGGCUGUUCUGCAUUACUGUUACAUGCUGCAUGGUCAUCGUUCACAGCUAAACCAAGCAACUGAUGCUGUAGACUGCCUUUAUCUGUACUGCUUGCACCUUGUUUGUUCCUCCGUCUGGGGUCUGGUUCCUACCACCUGUAUUCUAACUUUGCCUUGGAGUCAUUCUACGCCUGCUCUUCAGUACAGGCAUUGGACAGUUGCUGGGCAUCGAUGAUAUCAAGGGAAAGCAGCAGUGGGCUCCAUGAACUAUGUGACUUUGCUCUUUCUGUAUUAAUGGUCACUUAUUGCUGCCUGCUCCUGGCUGUGCCCACCUCCACUGGCUGCUACCUAAUAGAUGAACAUUUUCAGACUGUUUUCCACCUCCGUGUCUAUUUUCUGGUAAACAAGGCCAGAUAACAGGUUCUCUGACAAUGUGUACAAGACCAUUUCUCUUCCCAAAGGUCCUUGCCUUGUUAACUCCUCCUCUUCCCUCCCCCCCAUCAUCUUAAGAAUUCUGAUGGUUAUCAGACAGGUGAUUGAGGUGAUAAGUUAAGUCUGUCUCCUCGUGGUAAGGGUAAGGGUGGUAUCCAUUUCCAGGCUUUUUCAGCCUCAACUAGUGGAUGCACACAAAAACCUAGGUUCCUUCAUGUGCCUCCUUCAUGCUGAACAUGACUAAGUGCCAGGGGGACAGUGCACUGUCUAUUCUGCUUUAAAAAAAGUGAUAGAACAUAUGCAGAAGCAGGACUUUUCAGUUUAGUUUAACUUUUUUUCAUUAUUUUCAGAAAGAGGUUGUCCUGUAAAAUAGACUGCCCUAGCUCUUCCCUCUCAUCCCCAUCUCCAUACCUCCUUUAGCAACACCUAGGGGAUUUAAAGGGAGACAGAUCUAGAUGGAAUGGAAAGUAGUACUUAAUUCUCAGUAUAUGGAAUUACUAAAGAGAUUGUGACAGAUACCCUAAGCAGUGGGAACUGAGUGAAAGGCCACUGGCAAAAUGAGCCAGGUAAAACUAGGCCUAACAUUGAGAGAGACUUCCGGGCAGAUACUUUAUCACUGGUGAUGGGAGGAGAAAUAUUUUUUUCAGCAUUUCCAAUGGGAGAAUUGAAGGUGGUUACAAGUGUUAAAUAUGUCACUUCUUUAAAAAAAAGCACAAUUCUUGUUUUCAUUUGACUUAAGCAGAAAAUAACAUGCCCUUUAUUUAAUUUGUAUUUAGUAAAAUACUGUUAUUUUCUGUUUCUGUUUACCAAGAAAGUUGAACUGUACACACUUUCUUUUGCUUUCACUUGGGAACAUUUGGGAAUGUUCCUAUAUCCAGUAGAUAUUUAAAUGAGUAUUUGCAGUGAUUUUUCAAUUUGUUUCUCUUUAAACUGUCUUAGAAAUACAAUUUGAAUAAGCUUGGUCUUGUCAGACUCUGAAGACUGGAAAUUGUCUUAAUGGAAAAAUAAAUGAUUGUGAUUUGGUUAUAUUAAUAAUUUGUUCUAGUAACAGUUUAGGAA